AUGUGUAUUAAGGACAAUCGGUCGUUUAGUGUGGUUGAUGACGAGGGUUUUAGGGAGUUUGUUUGGGAAUUGAAUCCAAACUUCAAGUUUGUAUCAAGAUGGAGUGUAGCUCGGGAUCGUUUAUCCAUUUAUGAAGAAGGGGCAAUAAAGGUAAAAGACAUGCUUAAAGGCGAAACAGUGUCUAUUGAAUGUAAACAAAAGCCAUGCCUUGAUGUUGAUACAAGAUGGAAUUCAACAUAUUUAAUGUUGGAAACAGCAGUGAAGGAUGAACAACCCUUCGACAAGCUUUACACUAUAGAUUCAAAUUAUGGAGCCCAUUUUCGAAGUGAAGUCACUGAUGAUUGUGAAGGGAACACAAGAAAAAGGAAAAGAAAAGUUAAGGUCAUGGGUGCUCCGAGUGAAUCUGAGUGGGAGAUUGCAAGGAAUAUGAUAGAGUACUUGAAAACUUUUUCGGAUGUUACAACCAAGAUAUCUGAUCCACACUUCAAAUUUCGAUAUAUCAGUUUUUGCAUUGAAACAAUUUAUGGUAAAAAUUCUGAGAAGGGCAAACAAAUAUUAGACAAGGUACAGAAGACUCUUCAAGAAUUGUUUAACCACUAUAAGGAUAAAUUAGAGAAAAAAAAAGUACAAAAGAAACAAGGUGGUGUUUCUAGUGACAUGUCAAGUAGUUUUGGUGACACAACUAUUGACUUCGAGAUCGAGUUUGACAAGUUUGAUAGUGCAGAUCAAGAGAAGAAGAGUGAAGUGGAUAUAUAUUUAGCAUAUGGAAAAGAAAAAAGAGACGAUAAUUUUGAUAUUCUGGGGUGGUGGAAAGCAAACGCAGUCAAAUUUCCUAUAUUGUCUAAACUAGCUAGACAUCUUUUGGCAAUGCCGAUCUCCACAAUUGCAUCAGAGUCGACAUUUAGUACUGGUGGUCGUGUGAUAGAUAAAUAUAGAAGUUCGCUUAACACCAAGACCGCUGAAGCCUUAAUAUGUAGACAAGAUUGGCUACGGUCUACACCGGCAUUUCUUGAGCUAAUUGGUACUAUCUCGAGUAAACAAAUAGACGAAUUGAAUGAGAAGUUGGCGGCUAUAGAAAUCGGUAAAGUUUUCUUUAUACACUUUCAAAACGAAAAAAAUCCUCCAAUGAUGUUCAAAAAGAUAUGGAUUGACAUCCUAGAUCAUGAUCAAGCUUCAAGUGGAAAAUGGAAAAAGACAUUCGAUGGAUUUUGA